AUGUUAUAUGGGUAUCGUGUGCCUGAAACACUCUUCCAGCUUCGUCUUCCAUUAGAUGGGCCGAAGCUUACCCGAUUCCUGACAAGACAACUGCUUUUUGUAGCAGAGUGCCUGAUAGACGUCAUUUCUCGCUUUGGGGUCAAGGAUAAUCUCCUACACGACCAAGGCAGGGAAUUCAACAACCAGUUGAAUGAUGCCAUCAGAGAGCUUUUUGGGAUAAAGAAGUGUAUGACCUCGCCCUAUCAUCCACAGACUAACGGGCUCACUGAGAGAUACAAUCAGACAUUAAUUGCGAAGUUGACUGCCCACAUGACUGACCGAGGUGAUGAUUGGGAGACACACCUCAGGAGCGUCAUGAUAGGGUACAGGUGGAAGGUGCAAUGCUCCUCCAAAUUUACUCCGUUCGAGCUCAUGUUCGGGGUGGAUUCGCGUUUCCCCUACGAGCUCGACAGUCCCAUCACCUCAGAAGACCUUGCCGAUCCAAUCUGGACUGAGGAGACAGGAGAAGAAAUUGAGAAGAGGAUGGGAGAAAUUGAGCUUCGACUGAAGAAUAGGAGACAAGAAACGGCUCCGGUCGACCUGCCGUCAAAACGCUGGAUCGACUUCGGCGCCGUCAUCCGUGAUAACAAGCUGUUCGCAGUCAUGUGUGACGAGUUCAUCCAGGAGAUGAAGAUGCUGGCGAAUGCCCUGAAGAGGAAGAAGCGGCCCCUGGCACCAUUCGCCGCAUGGGAAGUGGAGGAACAGAUGGACGAAGCCCUCGAGUUCGAGCUCGUCUCGGAGGAGGAGCAGAUUCGCCGGGAGGAGCGUCGUCUCGCGAAGCGGAAACUAGGCAGCGACCAGGACGAAGACUACGAACAAGACUUCUCGUCCGAACCGAGUUCGACCACUUCGUCGGACUCCUCCCCGCCGGACUCGUCGAGCGACGAGGACUUCGUGGUCCGGGGCGCCGGGUGGCCUCGAGGACGUGCCAAGCGCCGCCCCGGCCCCGUCCCCGGUCGCGCCCGCGGCUACAAGCUGCGUCCCAAGCGCCGCAAGCAAGAGAAGUACUACACGAGCGACUCCAGCGACGUGGUCGAGAGACGUGGCCCUCCCGCGAAGACUCCCGCCAAGAGAGGCCCCGACCGCCAUCCUGGGAAGAACUCCCUCUCUCUUCUUCGAAGAGAAAACUGGAUCGCCUCCAGCUUCCAAUACUGCUCCGUUCUCCCAAGCACGACACGGUUCUUCGAGACACAGCCGACCGUGGAGCCCAGGUACACCCAGUCGAUGCAGGACACCCUGAAGCACCAGGAGUUGCAGCACGCGCAGCACCUGCAACAACAGCACCAGUCGGAGCACGCUCUCAGCUCGUGGAGCGCGUACGCCGCGGAGCAAGGUCGGCAGUACGAGGCGAAGUACGCGCAGGUGGCGAACGGUCGGGAUCUGCAGAACAACCCGCGGUACCUGGCCUUCGUCAGAGAUGGGAUCAAGACGAGCGCGUACCGGGAGAAGUACGCGGCGCAGCAGCAGUACGUGAUCCCGGUGGCGGACGCGAGAAGCAUAUCAUACUUGCACCAGAUGGAGCGAUACGACAAACCGGUGACCUACGCGAAACCGGACGUGCUGUCGGACGCACGGGUGCCGUAUUCGGUGCAGCCCGAGUCCAGGCCCCAGGUGUACCAGCCGCCUCGAGCCCCGCUCCCGCAGAACCUGAGCGAGUCGCAGAAGAAGCAGAUUGCGGUCGGCCUGUCGACGCAGCCGGGAGCCGCCUUCGUCGCCAACCCGUACAUCGACAGCCGGACCGGCCGGCCCAACUACGAACUGAUCCAACAGCACCAUCGCGGCAUGACCCUCCCGCGUGACCUCCAGCCGCACGGGAGCACCCUCCAGACGCACGCGAGCGCCCAACAUCCGCAACGCGCCGCCCAUCCCAAGCCGGAGUAUGCGCCGGUGAACCAAGUACCCCAGCUUCCUCGACGGUGCGCCAGAACGCGGAUUCCACGCGCAUCUGUCGGGCGAGGACGACCCGGCUCGCUUCUAUCAGCAGUCGCACGCCCCGGACGCGUCGCAUCCGGCGGGGAAGAUGGAGCCGGUGCCGCUGGUUCGACUGGGGUCGAGAUCCUCCGUUCCGCUGAACCAGUCUCCCAGUCCCGGCAUGACCAACUUACUGGACCAAGUGGAACGCGGCCAAGACCCAAUCGGACCGACUCUACAAACAAGAGGACCCCGCAGGGACCAUCCCCGAAAACCGAGCCUCGCCCGCAUCCCGGCAUCAUGUCCAUGGUCGCCCUGCGGCAGUCGCCGGUCCCUGACCGCAUACGGCCGUCUCCGGUGACCGUUCCCCAUUACGGAUCCGUCGUCUGCGGCAUCCCCUUGACGACCCGCAUGGACGACCACCGACCCCCUUUCUACGACCAGAGUUACCCCCGCCCCGAAUACCGACCCGGCGACCCGACCCAGCUGAACUCCCACUGCAUGUACCACCGCCCCCACCUCUCCCAAAACGGCUGGUCGACCCAGCAGCCCUGCGCCCCACCGAAGCAGCCGGCCCCGGUGCGAACCAAGGCCCAGAUGAAGCAGGUGCAGCAGAUCCUGCCCGUCGAGCCGGGUGAGAUCCGGCUCGGCCCCCCGAUGCAAAGGCCCCUGGUCGGAUCCCCGUCCAGUCCGCCCAAACUGGUGAAGCAGGUCGGGUCCGGCAAGCAGAGGGGCCUGGUCCGGAGCGACCACUCCAUCUUCGACUUCAAGGACAGCGAAAGCGACAGCGAGAUGCCGGUCUUGGAGAAGCAGGGCUACGAACCGAUCAAGCGCAAGUUGGAGGCGAUGGCCGCGGCGGCGAUGGACGGGACUUAG